UGGCCUUGAACUUCUGAUCCUCCUGUCCCUACCUCCCAAGUUCUGGGUUUUCAGGCCUGUGGGACUAUGCCCUGGGACCCAGGGCUUCUUGCUAGCUAGGCCAGUGCUCCAGCAAGUGCGCUCACCCAGCCCUCUUACGAAUUUAAACGUGCUUGUUAUCCCUCCUCUUAGAGAGUAUGUGUGUUACAGACUGGCCUCAAACCCAGGAUCCUCUUGGCCCCGAACCCAGGGUCCUCCCUGCUGAGUCUGCAGGCAGUGGCUGCUUCUGGUUUAAAUGGGUCUUACCAGGUUUUGGAGGGGAGUCGUUCCUUCCUUGCCUGUACCUCAGGGCUCACACCCUGGCUCUCUUUUCUCACCUUCCACUAAAGUUGUCCUUCUGCCUCCCACUUCAUGUGGUCACAGGGGCCAUUAGGUCUGCCCUAACAACCUGAGUUUCCCUUAUCCACAUGAGGACCUGUCAGUAUCGCUGUUCCCACCUGAUUUUGGAGUUUCCCUCUGCAUCCCAGGAAUCAGGGUGCACACAUCCUGAGGCCUCCAGCCCCCCCCCCCCCAAACACCAGCCCUGCUCCUUAAUCCUGCGCGUCCUCAGUCACACUCUUCAUUCAUUCAUGGGUUGCCACAGUUCAACCAACACCAACCACGUGCCAGAGAGUUGCCUCAGAUACCCCACAGACAAACCUCUUGUCUUUGUUUCUGUGAUGAAAUUCUGAAAGGAGAAAGGGUUUGUCUUGAUUCAUGGGGCUUAUUACUACAGUUGGUUGUAGUGGGGAAACUGAGGCAGCAGGUGAUAGAGGCAGCCGGUGGCAUCACAUCCAGUCAAGAAACAGGAGACAAACAAAAUGCUGGUGCUCAGCUCAGCUUCUCAACGACUUGCUGCCCAUAGUUAAGAUGGCUUCCCACAGUCUGGAGGUCUGCCCAUAGUUAAGAUGGCUGCCCACAGUCUGAAGGGCUGCCCAUAGUUAAGAUGGCUCUUCUCACCUCAACAGAAUCAAGCCAGUCUCCCACAGAGGGACCUGAGGCCCAGACUUGGUCUUGCUGGCUGGUCCUCUUGUUUCCAGCCAGGUCUGACUCUCUCCUCUGUGUGCAAGCUUACCACACUUUAAACUUUGCGUCCUCAAGAGAACACCAGGCCACUAGCUGCUGCCUGGGCACCCCAGAGACACCCAACAUCCACUUACAGCCCAUGGAGGACCCUGUGGAGAUGGAGCAGCCAGCACCCCUGGGGAGUCAGUACCUGCCCUGGGCAGUUCUUUCUCUCCUCUACUCUCUGAUGGCAAUUGUCUCCUACCUCCUGGACAUGACCAGCUACAGCCUGCUUGUCCAGGCUGGAGGAUUCCUCCUUCCUGCCCCUCUGUCUGCAGCCUGGUUUGGCCACCAACUCAUAGCUGACAUCAUAUUCCUGGGACUCCUCCCACUCAGCCUCACCUGGAUUCGCACCUGCUGGCCCCUGGGCCUCGCCUUCUGCCACCUGGACCCGUGUCUGGCCUUCUUGACCUUCUGUGCCAGUGGCCGGCUGCUGAUUCAUGUGACCGCCGACUGCUGUACCUCCUUGCUCCAGCCAUCCUGGGCACUGGGUCAUCGUAAAGUUCGCCAAGUGGUUGUCUGGGCUGGUGGGUUCUGGAUCCUUCUGCUGGACCUGGCUGGGAGAGCCCUGGGAACAUUAAGGGACCGAACUGGCCACAGUGACCCUUUCAACGGGACAAUGACCCUGGAAUCCCCCAGGCACAACCGGGACCCCUGGGCCUGGAACCCCACCCUGGAUCAGUUAGUGUUUGGGUUUGGGGUGCCACUGGGAGUACUAAGGGUCUUCCACAGCCUCGUGCGGGAGCAGCUGCAGCUGGCCAGGGUCUCUGUGAGGCCUCCGCUGCUGGGCCUGCCAGGAGCCACUACAGUCAUGCUGUUCGUCUGUUGGUUUCCCUUCCACCUUGUGCUGCUGCUGAGGUUCCUGGGUAUGUGGGGGUCCAGACUACAGCUGGAGGAAGUGUGGGUACUGCUGAGACCACUGGGGCUCACUCUGCUGGGCUCAACUAGCUUCUUCCAUCCACUGCUGUAUGUGUGUGGGGAUGUGGAAAACCGGAGAAGGCUGGGCCAGGACUUGUGGUUCCCUGGAAGGGGAGGAGAGGAGGAGGCAGAAGAACCCCAGGCACUGGGGAUGGAGGCUGAGAGGCUCUGCAGCAGCCUGAGGGAGCAGGGCACAGUGUUGGGUGUGGGGUUCCUGUCUUCAGAAAAUGUGGGGUGGGCUGAAAUGAAGGCACAGGUGAUGGGAAGUGAGGUGGGGAAGGAGAGAGAGGUUUAGAAAAGAGGC